UUCUCGUAAAAAAUAACCUCAAACUUAAAAUGGCAAUAUGAUUUCUAUUUGAAAAUUAUUAAAAACUACAAAAAAAAUGAGUUUAUUUAUCAGAAUUUACAAGCCAAAUGGCUUGAAUGCAGCAUUUAAUAAUAAAAUAUGGCGUUUGAACUCGACCAGCACCGACAUAUCUUUAAAGAAAGGUGAUGAAGAUGAAGAAGAGUUUCGAGUGUUGGAUAUUAUGAGGAAACGGGAAAGGCAGCAGAGGAGGACUAUGAGGAGGGCUGAUGUACAGCCUGAUAGGGCUGACAGGAUGGCUCCUGACCAGAACUGGGGGAACGUAUGGCCCGGCCCCAAAACCUUCCAUCCGUCAUCAGUGCCCCUGCCACUGCGACAGGGCUACGUACCCAAAGGGCAAGCACCGCCCGGCAAAAAAGCCAAUGCUGAAUUGAUGAAGAUACCUAACUUCCUCCACCUCACUCCGCCGGCCAUUAAAGCGCAAUGCGAAGCCCUAAAGAAGUACUGUACGGAAUGGCCGAAGCUGCUUAACUCAACAGAAGCCAUCGAAAAACACUACCCAGUUGAAAUCAUUGCUUCAGACUAUUGUCACGCGAGUCCAUCCAUCCGCAACCCUUUAGCAAGAAUCGUGACAUUACGCAUCAAACUUUCAACGUUAAACUUAGAUAAACAUGCUCGUGAUAAAUUUAUAAGAUUGGUCGGUGAUCGUUAUGAUUCCACGACAGAUUUGGUCACGAUAACAGCUGACCGGUGUCCUGUUAGGAAACAGAAUUUUGACUAUGUCAAUUACUUGUUAACCGCUUGCUAUCAUGAAGCGUGGAAUUUAGAGGAGUGGGAGAGAGAGAAAGGUGAGGAUGACAUGGAAUAUUACGAUUUUGAUAACAAUAAGUCUAAGAGAAAUGUUGUCGAAUGGUUUUUGAGGUCAAAUAAUGAAUUUAGAGAGUUGACGGACGAUGAGAUAAGAAUUUAUGACGUAAGUAUGAUUCCUGUCGGAGUUGAGUUUAAAGAAGCAGUGUCCAAGCUGAUGAAUGAUGGAGAAACCGAGGAAACGGUGAAGGAAUACGGGGAUACGGUGAGGAAGUUAUUGGGGCUGCCGGAGAGGAAAGUUGUAACGUAGUUGUAGUAUUUAUAAUAAAUUGUAAUUUAGUUUGUAA